AAUCUGUGACAGUUUUCAAUCUAGGUUAUAAUGUCAAGCAAAGUUGACACUUGAAAAUUUUGUGAAGUUUUCAAAUUGGCGGGUUGAUGUGUGCGAGCGAGAGGGGCGACAUGGAGAGCCCGGGCGAGGAAACGGGACGCAGCGCGCCCCCCGCGCCGCACGCCCCCGCCGCGUCGCAGCCCAACGGCUCCAAUAAGAUUAUCGGACGAAACGUGAAUGGGACCAUGGUGGUGACGUCAGCGCCGGCCAACGAAGCCGAGCUCCAACUCUACAGGGUGAUGCAGCGAGCCAGCCUGCUGGCGUACUACGACACGCUGCUAGAGAUGGGAGGCGACGACGUUCAACAAUUAUGUGACGCUGGUGAAGAGGAGUUUUUAGAAAUAAUGGCGCUAGUGGGCAUGGCAUCUAAGCCGCUCCAUGUGCGGCGAUUACAGAAGGCCCUUCAAGAGUGGGUCAACAACCCCUCACUCUUUCAGAUCCCCAUUGUUCCCAACAUUUGUACAGAGAACCCUUUCAUACAAUGCAACCAAAGACUUUUAAACAUACCCCCUACAAUACCCAACGUCCUCCCUAGAACUGUAGCGUCUCCGGAGAGUAGUAGACCUAUGUACAGUCCAUCCCCUGGCGCACCUGAUAACAGUUGUGGGUCUACUACGUCAGCCCCCAACGUCAGUCCUGUACACAGUCAAGCUACAUUCACUAAGAUAAUCCUCCCAUCAUCUCCAGCCGCCGCCCCUAUUACCACAACCGCCCGGUCUUUCUCCCCUCAGAGCGCCUGUCCCCCAGCAUCAUCAGGUUCCAGUCCAAGCUCAGUCACAUCACCAGUCCAGUUAACUCCCGUCCUCUUAGACAUUCAUGUGCAGAAGUUAGCAGCCGCGGCGGAGAAGUUGAGUAAACAUUUACCACAGCUGGAGCCAAAGCCACAGAACACGAAGAAGAAGAUGUGCAAAGACCUGGAAUUGGUGAUGAUGAUGCCGGAGACGGAUCCUCGCAGGAUGGAGGAGAUCAGGAAGUACGCGGCAAUAUAUGGCAGGUUCGAUUGCAAACGGAAGCCGGAAAAGCCGUUGACGUUGCACGAGGUGAUGGUGAACGAGGCGGCGGCGCAGCUGUGCCGGUGCGUGCCCGCGUUGCUCACGCGUAGAGACGAGCUGUUCCCACUGGCCAGACAGUUGGUGAGGCGAGCUGGUCUGCACUACUCCAAACAUGGUCUCCCGCCGACGUCGACAGCAGAAGAAAGAGAUAGAGAUGAGGAGGAGACACCAAGUAAACGACCGCGGCAGGUUGCGCCAGUCACACAUGAUGGAGAUGAUAAUGGAGUGCGAGCCAGUCCUGACGCGGCCAGAGGAACUUCGAAUCAUAGCUGGUGGGGCAUGAAGACGGAGAGUGACGAUGCAGACUCCAGGUGUUCGUACUCCAGCGCCAGCACUCCGCCCCCGGUAACACUAUCUCUCGUCUGUUGACCAACCAUGUGUUAGACCAUUGUGGUCUAACACACAGAGCAUUGAAGUCUAAACGUA